ACUAGUGUUAGUGGCCGCCCAUGUAGUCGUGGAUGCGAUCACAAUGCGGUCCUCUACGGCGACUGUAGCAGCUGUUAGAAACCUACAGAGAAACCAAAUGGCUGGUUUGUCGCUCUCUUGAUCGUCAUCGCUCAGUACCACUGAGGAAAGGGAGAAUGGCCGUCGAGGCACGAGAAAGGAGACAGUGCUGAUACGCUCUCGGCGUUGGGAAGAUGCCGCGGCUGAACCGACGGGACCGGCCGGACAUUAAGAGUCUGGGAGAACAAGAUUGAACGAGACCCAUAAAUGUGAGCUAGCCAGCCAGCUAGAAAGCCGACCACGUUAGCACGAGUUGCGCGCACCAGCGGGUGACGACGGCGGCGGCAUCAAUAAAGCUUAGUACAGCACUCGCCAGUGUCGUACUCGGCAGUGCCUGGAACUGCGUUUAGCCGAAAGACCGAGCCAAAGGAUCAUGCGUGCCAAUAAGCGGUAGCGCACAGGGGACGUCAACUAGUGAUCCAGCUUCUAAGCGACCAAGGCGAAAGACCAAAUGGAGUCCUUUUCUUCCUAAAGAAACUGGUUCAUAUUGUGCCGCCGAUAUCAGCUCGGCUUUCAUUAUCUCGUAUCAAUGACUAUUUGCGGACAGGUCAACAAUCGAAAACGUGCAUUGUGCUUGGCUUCGGGCAACUGCAACGAUAACCGUGAGCUGUGAAAAACACUGCGUUUGCUAAGUUUAGUGCAGAGAAAAUAAUUUUGCCACAGACUCAUCAGCAAAAACUUUGCGCACAAAUGUAGUCUACAAGUUGCUCACACUGUCUGCAAGGGAACUUCAUGAAGAGACGUAUGUCUCCACGGUCCCUACUUGAGUAUACGCUAAUUGUAACUGCUGGAAAGGACAGAGUAAGAGUGCGGAGGUAGCAGUCGGCUAACUAAAAUAGACAUUUAAUGCAUGAGCAAACACUCGAAAAAGUUGAGUGGCAUGCAAACGUAUUAGAACAUUUAUAAAAAUAUCCAGUGCGUGUCAUUCAGUUGUACAAAUGCCAAUGCCAGUCCUUAAAUGGAAUCAGGUUGAUUGAUCGUUGAUAGAGCAGCAUAGGGUAGUCGUCGUACAUCUUAGACAGGGGAACCAUUGUUAAGUGAAAAUUGACUAGGCGCUUUUAUCGGUACAGUUUAUCACUACGCUUUUUAGCCCCCUGGAGCCGCAUUCAAGUAUUUAAAAAAUCACCCCAGACGACAAAGACGGAAUGAUCGACGAAAAUCCAGAUUUUACUCACGGUCUAAAUUGGAGCGUGGACACGAGCUUCAGCAGGAAAACGUCGCUACUUGAAGACGAAAGGGAACCGCUCGAACUAAUGCUCGACUCCGAUGUCACACAACAGUCCAUGGACUCCCUCGACGGUUUCAAUUCAGAAGCGGAGCUGAUCAAACUCGAAAGAUGUCGAACAAUACCUGUCUCGGCCCUCUACGAUGCUAUGCGCCACGCCGAAGAACGAAAUCGACAAAAAUUAGCCAGCAGUCGCUCCUUAUCAAUGAGCUCAUUGGGUUCACUAUGGGAUCAGGACUACAAGCAACGGGCUACUGACUAUACUCGUGAACUUCAAGAACGCGAAAACACAACAAAUGAUGAUGAUGACAAGUUGCCAGACAAAGAAAACGCCGACCCGGGCGUGCUAGUGUCGCAAAAGGAGCAAAGUCCUCCGAUUCCGAUCCAGCAUUCAUUCAGAUUGCACACCCCGAUCCCGGAGGAAGACUGCUGCAGUUCCGGCUCGAACGAGAGCAUCACGUACGUAUUUAUGAACCCACAACCCUUACCGGGUAACGGCCAGAGCGAUUGCAGCGACAUGAUUUCGUUUCCAAGUUCGACCUCCAGCACGUUUGGUCACCCGCUGAUUUCCGGUCACGCGCCCGCCUCAAAUCCAAGCUCGACUUUUCACCAUCGUCAGCACCAGUCACAGAACACUUCACGACGAGUCAUCAGUAGUGAUAAUGAUGAUUAUGAAGAAUUCGCCAAGAGAAAGUCUUCCGGCCUUCCCGAAAGUCUGCCACAUGGUGUCGGUGAACAGCCGCGCACCCUCUCAAUGGACUCAAUUGAUGUUGAACACUGUAUGAACUUCAUCAAUCGCGCGGAACUUCUACCGACUCAGCACGAAAAUUACCAGGAUCCUCAGAUGACACAUGCGGGCUACCAAGAAGCUCCUAAUGGUUACAAUGUCGAAACGCCGCACACGACACUAGAGCGACAUGGAACGGCAGCGGGACGCCGUUUGCACCGAGAAAAUUCCGGUAUCCAUAUCGAGAGCACUGAUCAUGAAUAUCCCGGUAUAGAACCAACACCUUACCAAGUGGACAGCGCCGCCACCGAUCUGGAGACAACCGGACCCGAAUGUCCGCCACGGCUUUGGAGCCUGUUGCAUCGCCCGCAACAUCACCCCACGCACAGCCACGACUCCGGAAGUGACUAUGAUGGAAACGAUCUUCCGAGUUACCGAGUGGCCUCUCUACAGCGACCUCCGAGCCAGGUUACACGUCGUUCUUCGGCGAAAAUUCGACGAAAGCCAUUGCGAACCCGAGCCAUUGAAACGCAGACUGAUGAAGACUUGACUGGAUACUCGUCCCAACCUUCUUCACCUGGUAUUUCGCGCAAGGCUGUUGUUAUAUUUAGGAGUUUCUCCGAUGAGAGCUAUGCACUGAUGCGUUCGAUUACUUCUGGGGGUCCUCUGAAUCAAGCUACCGAGCAACUUGCGGCACAAGGCCAUCUUGAACCUGCUGUUCACCUGCUCACCGAAGUUGUUUCACUGAUGAAAAUGAUGAUGGCAAACUUGCCCUCACAGCGUUGUCGGGACUGUCAACGAUGUAAAUGUUGCUUGACCAAACGCCAAGAUCCGAUAUCUCUUGACGAUAGGCCUAAUUCAUUAAAGUCUGUUGAACACCCGAAUUUCUUGAAUCUGUCUUCCUUGUCCGACACAGCCAGCAGUGAUCCUGAAUCAACAGGCCCAGCUGCACCUGCUUCAGCCACUACCCCCUCGACGGCGUUCCGCGAAGGCUUUCUCAUUGAACGAUUCCGCCAGUCGCGACUAGACCGUAUAGCAACGGCGUGUAGCCAAAGUGAGCUUGACGCUGAACUCGAUUUAGGCGCCCCCGACUCGUUGACUUGUGAUGCCAGGGAGGGCACACAUCUUUCGGGAGCUUCUACACCGACCGAUGAAUUUCGAGCCUUUCCUAGUCUCACCCAGCUGACGAUGCAAAAAGCAGCACAGACGGGCUGCAUCGGAGAUAAAAUGAGCCCAACGAAUACGGCGGACUCGGGUAUUAGCAACCGCUGGGAGUCUCAUGGCAGCAGCUGCGGAUCAACAGGCUCACGAGGUAGAAAUGACACACCUGCGAGUUCUGAAUCGAUGAGCGGUGGACCAUCUUCACUGUCAUCGCCUGACAACACGCCAGACUCAUCACUUAGCCGUGUGCGGACCGCCGAGACAGAAAGCCCCGUUCUCACGCACUGGGCACAAUUGGCUGAUGAGCCCGUUCGAACAAGCACACCUCUAUGCAGCCUCACCACUUGGGUGGAACAGGCAAAGCAUAACGGCCGACCCUUCGAUUAUUAUAGUGACCAGAACACGCAAGUCCCAACCGUUCACGCAAAUUCCGGAAAUGGCCCGACUGAAUUGAACAUCUCCCGCAAAACAGCCCGUUCAAAACUUUCUCGUUACGAGUAUUCCGUUGAUGAGCUCGAUUCCAUCACAAUUACCCCCGCGCGAGAAGUUACCCGACCAUCAAAGUUAGCCCUAAUGAAAGAACGUGAGCAGCAGGCGGAAAGGUUUCGUAAUGAAGAAUGCAGGAAGCUGCCUUGGCAACUGCCCCUCGAAGAUUGUCAGCACCUGGACUCGCCGAAAAACAAAAAGCCCCUCGAUGAACUGAAAAAGAAAUGGCAAAUACCGUAUGACCUCAUCCCUAAUGAUAACUAUCUUCCUUUGCCAACGCAUACACGGCUUCGCUGCUCACCGGGUGCUCCACCGCAGGGUCUAUAGAUUUAUGUAGUCAUAAAAACGUCUGUUGCAAGAAAGUAGCCAGAUCGAAUGAGUCUGAAAAUCCUAUAACGAAUUCCCAGUUACAACAUAAUAUAACAUGGUCUCAUUCACCGAUGCUAUCUAUAACCCCAACCUGUACCUAGCCUAAUUUUGAACACACUGUAAAUGUCAACCUUUACAGAGUAAACUUGUAAAUAAAUUUUACUUUAUUGA